AUGGCACCAGACUACCAAACCUGGACCGUCACCGACCCAUGGCUCCCCAUCUCCUGCAGCCUAGGCGAAGGCCCCUACUACGAAGCCGCGACCAACACCCUCCGCUUCGUCGACAUCAUCAAGAAACGCCUGCACACCGUCUCUCUGACCACGGGUCCCUCGUCCCUCAAGACGCUGCAGCUCGAUAUGCCCGUCGGCGUCACGGCCGAUAUCGAGGGCGUGGACCCGGCGAAGAAGAUCUUGGUGGGAGGCAAGAAUGGGAUUUUUGUCCUGGAUAGAGAGUCGGGGACGUACGAGUUGUUGAAGAGGUUCUAUGAGAGUGAGGAGAAGGAUGAUCGGUUGAGGAGUAAUGAUGGGGCGGUGGAUCCGCAGGGCCGGUUUUGGGUGGGUACGAUGAAUGAUUUUCAUGUUGGGGAGCCUCAGGCUGAGGGAGCACUCUUCCGCUUCAACCGCGACCUCACCCGCCACCCCAUCCGCCCCUCCCUCACGAUCCCCAACAGCAUCGGCUGGUCGCCCUCCCAAACAACCGCCUACUUCGUGCACAGCACCGAAAAAACCAUCUUCGCCUUCGACUACUCCUCCUCCACCGGCGCGCUAACCAACGAGCGCGUGUGGUACAAACACCAGGGAACAGGCGACCCGGAUGGAUUCAAGGUCGAUGAGCAGGGCAAUUUGUGGCAGGCGAUCUAUGGCGAGGGCAAGGUGUUGAAGAUUGUCGAUGUAGAGGGAAAGGGAGUGGUGAGGGGCGAGGUCAGGUUCCCGACGAGUGCGAUUACGUGUCCGUGUUUUGUGGGGAGGGAGUUGGUUGUUACGACGGCGGAUGAUGGGGAGGGCGGGGCGGCGGGGGCGGUGUUUAGGGUUGAUGUUGGGGUGGGGGGGCUUGGGGAUUUUGAGUUUAGGUUGGAGAGGGGGGUUUGA